GGGGCGGGGUCUGGAGGCGAAAGCGAAAGCAAGAGCGGAGGAGUCCGGGGGCAGCGAUGAGCUCGGAAGAGGAGGAUUCCUUCGUCCAUGUGGUGCCCGGCGGGAGCCCGGAGAGGGGAUCCCCGGAGCUGAACGUGGAGAAAAUCCAGAGGGGGAUCGAGCGCUGGAAGGAGCUUUUGCAUGCUACGGAGCAAGGAUGUGCAGAGCUGGAAGUGCCCCCGGGUGCUGCAGAGCUGUGCAAAGAGGGAGAACAACUGCAUAAAAACCUUGAGCAACAAAUGUCUUUGAAAAAUAACGAAGAGCUGUCCUGCCAGAUGGACAUUGCUUUAGCAAAGGAGAAGAACAACAGACUGAGGCAGGAGAAACGGGAGCUGCAAAAGAAACUGGAAGAAAUGAGGAAGAGAAUCCCUGGGGAUGACCCAGUGAUGGUGCUGUCUGCCUUGCCAGAGAAGAAAAUGGUGUUUAAGGGACUUGUGACAAAGAAGGAGGACAUGAACAAGCUAAAGCUCACCCCAGUGAUCCACUACCCUCUGCUGGGUGGCUCAGCUCUUAUUACCUUUGAGAAGGCAGAAGUGGCCCAGAGGAUCAUAGAGGCAAAGGAGCACAUGGUACAGCUGAACUAUGGGGAGGAGCUGGAUGAGCUCGACCUGUGCAGAGUGCGAGUGCAGGCAGGGCCAGUGGAUUUGCUGCUCCCAUCUGCCCUGGAGGUCAGGCUGAGGCAGAGCAGCAGAAGCAUCCUCGUGUGUGACCUGCCCAGCCUGGACAUCCCUGGUGAGGCACUGCUGGACAAGCUGGAACUCAUCUUCAGCAAGAAGAAGAAUGGGGGCAGUGAGGUGGAGAGCAGGGAGUUCCUGGGUGACUCCAACCAGGUGUUGCUGACCUUCGUGGAGGAGGGAGUGGCAGGGCCACUAAUUGCAAGAGGAUGCAUCCAGGUGCCUAUUGGGAAAAGAGAAUACAAGCUCAAAAUAUCCCCGUGCAUGAGUGGAGACAUUGCUGACCUGCAGCUCCAGCCCUCCCGCUGCCCCAGGACCGUCCUGCUCUCGGGCAUCCCAGACGUGCUGCAGGAGGAGACCAUGAGGGACACCCUGGAAAUCCACUUCCAGAAGGCGAGCCACGGCGGGGGAGAGGUGGAUGCCCUCGCCUACGUCCCGGCGGGGCGGCACGGAGUGGCCGUUUUCACGGAGGACAAGGACAAGGACUAGCCCUGGGCAGCGCUGCCGCUGGGUCCUGGCACUGCGGGAAUUAAAUAAACUGCAGCGA